ACAAAAGCUAAUCAUAAGAAUACAUGAGCAAACAGACCUUCCAGAAAAUAUGGGAUCAAAGUUAUUUAUUAGGGAAGUUGUAUCAAAUAACUUGAAUAGUGAGUUAUCCAUGGUAUAGUUCAAAAAAAAUUUAUGUAUGUAGACACAAUGGAAGUGAUUUUUCUAUUUUAAUACGAUACCAUUUGGGUUAUAUGACUAAAUGGACUGGGAAUACGGAGCAAGAAACGCCAACUGCUGAAGAUAAUGACUUUGUUUUUGCGAAAAAAAUUACAUGACUAUUUUCUUUGGAAUGAGCUUUAUCGAGUGACAGAAUUUCUGCUCUAUUUUAGGAUUUUGUCCUCCACUUUCGAUUGGACGGAGCAGAUUUCCUAAGAAUCAAUUGCUCGAAGAAAGAAUAUUGUAAAUAAGCAAUGCACAAACUUUAUAGGGUUCCACGCAAAAAAUGAAUUUUCAUGGCUCCUCAUCUUUCACUAUUGUUCUACUAGAUAUAAGAAGGAAGACAUACAUCUUCACUACCACCUUUCUGCCAAUAGUCGUAAUUGGAACUGUAUAAGAAUAUAAUUCAUGCCGAGAGGGGCAUUCAUUGAUUGUAGAAAUCCAAACUAGGGAUGCUCUUUUGAAACUUUUAUGUUCCUUGUGAAUCAUUUUUAUACCCUACAUCGCCUAUACUGCAGGGUCCACCUUUUACUAUGUCGUCUGUCCGUCUUUCUUCGUGGUGUUCAGCCUACAAAUUGCAAUUUUUGCAAUAUUUUGAUGAAAUUUGCUUCACUGAAGUGUUUUUUUCAAAGCACGAAAGCUAUUGAAAAUAGCUCGGACCGUGGCACUUUUUCGAGUACUUUCCAUAUAACGCCUCAUAUUGAAAAGUCGUCACAUGCAUGUCUGUAGGGUGGUGUAGGGUAUUUUGUAGUGGGUUGUGUAGUGCUUUUACUUCUUAAUUAUGAGUACACAAACGGGCACCAUAUUUAAAAUUUUUUCUCCAGCGAAAUACUGUAGCGAUCAAGAAUACUUGUCGAGCUUUGUUUCUAAUCAAGCAAGUUUAAAGCAUUGUUCAAUCCAAGCGAAGCAUAUUAGUGACUUAAUUAAGUUAAGAUGAGAAAUAAAAUUCUAGUAUUUCGAUUAUAAGCGAACCAAACUAGAAUCAAUUAAAACAUAUUUGAAAAAAAACUUCCGCAUAUUAAAUCCAAUCGGUUUCACCUAUUCACGCGUGAUGUUAGAAUAUGAAAAGGAAAUAUUUUAUUAGGAUAUUUUUUACAAAAAAUAAUUUAAUUUGAUAAGAUUUGAAAUAAUGAAAAACAAAUUCUGACAUGUAGGAGUUUAAUCAAACAAGAAGUAGCUGCUGAGCCGUCAAUUAAUUUAUUAAUACAAUUACUGAAUGAAGUCGAAAUCAUGAACUGGUUUAAUUUAUUUCUUAAUUUUUAUAACAAUUAUUUUUGGUUAUAACGGCAAAAAUUUAUUUUAGCCAAGUUCUUAACCGUUUUCUCGCACUCUUUCUCAGACCGUUUAUGUAUAUAAAAAAUUGCACGAGUCGUAAAAAUGCUAAUAAAUAAGUUAUAAAAUUAAUACAUAUAUGAAUGACAUAUGUAGACCUUUUUUCUUUUUUAAUAUGCAGAUUUUUAUAAAAACCGAAUGCAGUCUCAAAAUAUUCAACAGUUUUCUUAAAAUAUUCAUCAAUAAAACUAGUCAUUCGAUAGCAAGAGAGAAAGAGAAAACAAAACAUAUAUAUAUAUAUAUAUAUAUAUAUAUAUAUAAAAUGAAGUUUACUUCUGUAUUGUUAAUAUUGUCAUUAGUCUUGAAGACUUAUUCACAAUAUACCCAUCAUUCCGAUGAGAAGGACUCACAUAUUGUGAGCAAUGAUAUUGGAGUAAAUGAGGGUGAUGGCUCAUACAAAUAUGGUUUUGAGACAUCGAACGGUAUUAAGCGUGUUGAGCACGGAUCACCAGAAGGCCAUAUUGAAGGCACUUCAGCUUAUGUCUCGCCAGAGGGUGCGGAAAUCAAAACCACUUAUAUAGCCGACGAAAACGGUUACCAUGCCGUCGGUGAUCAUAUACCAAAAAUACCCGAAUACAUUAUACGUGCUCUGGAAUAUAUACGUACGCAUCCAUACGUUGAAAAAGAUUACUAUACCGGGGAAUUUAAAACGCCCCGGACACCCACCAUACCAACGAAAAGUUCAAUUAAUCAUCAUUUCAGACAAUAGGUUAUAUUAUUAAUGUAUACUUUUGAGAUAUACAUACUUUUAAGCCUAAUAAAUAGUGUUUUCAAUAACUAA